AUGAACAUGUACAAUCGCUCUCCAUCGCCCGUCUUCUCCAACUCGGAUCGGUUCUCAGACUCCUCUUCGGAGGAUGGAUUCCUUGCAAACGGCGAAGGAGAAAUGGGAUACGGCGCAUCGCGGCCAGGCUCGCCAGGAGCAGCGCCCGAAGGCCUACCCCAGGAGGAGAACAUGGAGGUAGACACCAUGACAUGUCGCUGGGAGGAGUGUGGAAAGGUUUUCUCUCAUCUGCCGACGAUGAUUGAGCAUAUACAUAACGACCACAUCGGCGUACACAAGUCGAACUACACCUGCGAGUGGGCUACAUGUCCGCGUCGCGGGAUCCCGCAGACAUCACGGUUCGCUCUCAUCUCACACAUCCGGUCGCAUACAGGCGAGAAACCGUUUGUGUGCCACUUGCCAGAAUGCGACAAGUCCUUCACGCGUUCUGAUGCGCUCGCUAAGCACAUGCGUAUCCAACACAACAUUUCCCCACCACUCCCAGGCCGCGGUGGAAGUCGAAAGCGGAAACGAGAGGAGCCAGAGCCUUCCGCGCCCCAACCCGAUCCCACCGCCUACGGCUAUAGUACCUUCAAACUAGAGACAAACGGCCAUCCCGACGACCUUGAUGACGUCCGUAUGUCCCCUGCCGAUUACCAGAACGGUGCGUACGCGAGCGGGAGUGCGGGACCGCGGCCAGCCUCGCCAGAGUACGACGAGCACGACGAAGGGGAGGACGAGAUUCCGCAAUAUUUGAUGAUGCAAGCGGAUCCGCAGACGGGGCUUAUCAUGGGUCGCUCGCCGGCAAUGGUCAAGUACCUGAUCAUGAAGGCGAAGCAGCAGUACGCCUUGGAACAACAUGAAGCACUCGUCGAAGAGCUUCGGAUACUCAGAAAGGAGGAGAGGCUGUGGAAGGAGCGAAAGGAUGCCCUGAUGGACGAGCUAUUGCAUGUUUACUUCGGGGACCAAGCCCGGAAGCUCACUGCACCUAUUGUGAUGGCAGAUCGCCGCCAUCGUUCACGACAUGGUCAUCGCGAAGGCGAGGCAAUGUCGUGA